GGAGCCGCCCGCGCCGGAGGAGGAGCCGCCGCGCCUUCCCCUUCCUCCGCUCCUCCCCGCCCGCACCCCCGCGCCCGCCCCGCCAGCACUCGCGAGCAGCGGCGGCCCCGGCCGGUGGCCGAGUCGGGAGAAUGCGGCGGCGCUCGCGGAUGCUGCUCUGCUUCGCCUUCCUGUGGGUGCUGGGCAUCGCCUACUACAUGUACUCGGGGGGCGGCUCCGCGCUGGCCGCGGGCGCGGGCGGCGGCGCCGGCAGGAAGGAGGACUGGAAUGAAAUUGACCCAAUUAAAAUGAAAGAUCUUCAUCACAGCAACGGGGAUGAGAAAGCACAAAGCGUGGAGACCCUCCCUCCAGGGAAAGUGCGAUGGCGGGACUUCAACCAGGAAGCUUACGUUGGAGGGACAAUGGUCCGCUCUGGGCAGGACCCCUAUGCCCGCAACAAAUUCAACCAAGUGGAAAGUGAUAAGCUGCGGAUGGACAGAGCCAUACCUGACACCAGGCAUGACCAUCUCAGGUUCUCCAAGGAAACGCAAUGGAAGAGUGCACUGUGUUUCUGUUCCCAUGGACCGUUGUCUGUGCAGCUGGGGAGGUGUCAGCGGAAGCAGUGGCGGGUGGAUCUGCCAGCUACCAGCGUGGUGAUCACGUUUCACAAUGAAGCCAGGUCAGCCCUGCUGAGGACAGUGGUCAGCGUGCUUAAGAAAAGCCCACCCCACCUCAUAAAAGAAAUCAUCUUGGUGGAUGACUACAGCAAUGACCCCGAGGACGGGGCUCUCUUGGGGAAAAUUGAGAAAGUGCGGGUUCUCAGAAAUGAUCGACGAGAAGGCCUGAUGCGCUCUCGAGUCCGGGGAGCCGAUGCAGCCCAGGCCAAGGUCCUGACGUUCCUGGACAGUCACUGCGAGUGCAAUGAGCACUGGCUGGAGCCCCUUCUGGAGAGGGUGGCUGAGGACAGAACACGGGUUGUGUCGCCUAUCAUCGAUGUCAUUAACAUGGACAACUUUCAGUACGUGGGGGCAUCCGCUGACUUAAAAGGCGGUUUUGACUGGAACUUGGUGUUCAAGUGGGAUUACAUGACACCUGAGCAGAGGAGAUCCCGGCAGGGGAACCCAGUCGCCCCCAUAAAAACCCCCAUGAUUGCUGGCGGAUUGUUCGUGAUGGAUAAGUUCUAUUUUGAAGAACUGGGGAAAUAUGACAUGAUGAUGGAUGUGUGGGGAGGAGAAAACCUGGAGAUCUCGUUCCGCGUGUGGCAGUGUGGUGGGAGCCUGGAGAUCAUCCCCUGUAGCCGCGUGGGACAUGUGUUCCGCAAGCAGCACCCGUAUACUUUCCCCGGUGGCAGCGGUACUGUCUUCGCUCGGAACACCCGCCGGGCAGCGGAGGUCUGGAUGGAUGAAUACAAAAAUUUCUACUAUGCAGCAGUGCCUUCUGCCAGAAAUGUUCCUUACGGGAACAUCCAGAGCCGAUUGGAGCUUAGGAAGAAACUUAGCUGCAAGCCUUUCAAAUGGUACCUUGAAAAUGUUUAUCCAGAAUUAAGGGUUCCCGACCAUCAGGAUAUAGCUUUUGGGGCCUUGCAGCAGGGAACCAACUGCCUGGACACUCUGGGACACUUUGCUGACGGUGUUGUUGGAGUUUAUGAGUGCCACAAUGCUGGGGGGAACCAGGAAUGGGCCUUGACGAAGGAGAAGUCGGUGAAGCACAUGGACUUGUGCCUGACUGUGGUGGACCGGGCGCCUGGCUCACUCAUAAAGCUGCAGGGCUGCCGGGAAAACGACAGCAGACAGAAAUGGGAACAGAUUGAGGGCAAUUCGAAGCUGCGGCACGUGGGCAGCAAUCUGUGCCUGGACAGCCGCACAGCCAAGAACGGGGGCUUGAGCGUGGAGGUGUGCAGCCCCGCCCUGUCUCAGCAGUGGAAGUUCUCGCUCAACCUGCAGCAGUAGGAGAGGCUGGAGGCCCAUGCCAUCCUGUCUCCUAUGCCAGUGGGCCAAGUUUGAUGAUCACGUUCUUGAUUAUGUUUCUUAAACUUUCCGCGAAACUAUAUACCUCAGUAUUCCAUCAUGGUCUGAAAGUCGGAGAACUUCUGCAAGGCACGGGGACUUGGCGGACAGAGGCAGCGAGGAAGAUGACUACCCUCCUCCUCUCACAGGUGCAGCCAGGCCCCCUUCCCGAGGCCACCGCCGCCCCUCUUCCCUCCCAGCUUCGGCCAGUAACCCCCCAGUGACAGCAUGGAGGGCAGAGAAGUGCCGAACACGUACAGGUUCGGGGGAGGGAAAGAGGAGGGAUGUAGUUGCUGCAUCACAGCCUGGAGAACUCUUUUGAAAUCUCCGUUUUUGAUCCCAUCGGAAUCCUGUGUGGUUUCCCCAACACCAACUCGUGUCACUUUGCAGGUUUACGUCGUAUCCCUGUCCCUACUCCUCCGCUCCCAACCAUCUUCCUAGCACAGACCCGUCUUCCACAUGACGUACUUCCUAUAUUUGAAUAUGAACUUUUCUAUGGUGGGACACUAAAUAUAAAUAUAUAUAAAGAAAGAAUGUACGGUCAGUUCCCUAUGGUUUCUGUAGGUCAUCCGCAUCUUGUAAAUUCUCCACAAAGCAGGUCGUGGCUGUGAGGAGACAGCCCUGGAGCCCUCUGGGGCCAGCCUCUCCCAGAGGGAGAAAGUAGCCUCCUCUGCCCCCUGGAGCCUUAUCAAUGAGGUGGUGCUGCUGUGGCCGGUGGGGACCCUCCCAUAGCUGGCCCUGGACCGCAGGCCUUGGGCCCAAGCAUCUCUGUUCAGCUUCAGCUGGGAAGUCACUGCUGUGUGUUGGAAUCCACUUUUCAUGUCCUUGGUCCUUGUAAACCUGGAUGGGUUACUUAUUUUGACAAGUAUUGCUUUGGGUCUUUUAAACGUUUUUUUCUCUUAGAAAAAAACACCCAAUGACGUAGGAAGCUGUCACAGGCUAGCAUUGGGUAAUCCUGAGUGUCCUGGUGUGCUGGCAGUACUGUCAGGGUCACCUGGGCCCUGGAAUCUGGCCUGCCCACCCUGUCCCUCCCAGGCCGAGGUGACUGCCCCAGGGGCUUUGGGUCAAGAAUUAGGAAAGGGGGAAACCAAACACCACCUGUCCAGUGACAUUGAGGAUUUGGGGCAAGAAACAGGAGCCUUGUGGGUUAGGAAGCAGAUGUCAGGAUAAACCACAAGACAUUUAUGAACUAAAAAUAAUAAGAGGAAGAAGUGUUAGGGCAUCUGCUUCAGUGCCCAGGAAUGUCUCUGCAGAGCCCUCCUUGCGUUUUCAGUGUCCCCACAUGCAAUGACAGACAUUGUCCUGAUCACCACCCUCCUUCCUUGUCCACUCACCCCCUCUCACCCACCCCUCCCACACACGUGCCCAGUGUCAGUCAGGCUGGCCACAGCAGGCAGCCCACGAGCUGCCAUGUCGUGGGAGCUGCAUCAUAACUGCACAUCCUCAGGCCCCUUUGGGAGGGGCUGGGAGGGCACAGAGUGAGAAGUGGCCCUGGAAGAUUCUGCUAGGUUGACACUCUGCUAACUGCCGCUCUCUUUCCUGCCUCUUUCUUCUAGGAAAGGGAACAUUGUUGGUCUUUCUUCCUCCACUGCAGAAGCCCCACCUGUGUUUGCUUUAGGACAAUGGGCUUCAGCCUGGAGGCGCGGCUCGGGGCCUGUCCUGUGUCUUCUCUUUUUUUGCCCCCUGGCCAGAGCAGCCAGAUGUAUUUUCAGGGGGCGGGGAGGCCAUGGCUGGAUUAACUCAGCACACUUCAUCUUCAGAGGCUGAUCCUGACUGCAGGUGGGCUCUUGGGAUAGUCUUAGGUACCUGUGCCAGGCCGUAGGAUACAGGCGAGCAGGAGCCAGGCGCUGUGCUGGUGCCCUCAGCCUGAGCACCUGGGGUCUGUCAUCAGACCCUGUCACCUGUGAACUACUACUGCUGUUAGCAAAAAAAUCCCAUUGACGGAAAACAAAUUUUGCUUCGAUGUAAAACAAAUUUUAAUCAGGUUCUUGACGAAUCCUUGGCCCACACACCGCUACCCAACCCAGAAGUCUUACCAACCUUUGUACCAUCGGGACGGGUCCACCCAGUCCCUUGGGGGCAGCUCCCUGUCCCUGAGCUGGUGGGCGGUGGCCUUGGGUAGUGGGCGUCUUGGGCGUCACAGGGCUCCCUGGAGGUGACCUAUGUUUACAUGAGACAGUGUGCCAAAGUGACUUACUGUGGCUGCAUUAUUUUCAGUCAUCAGGACUGUCCCACCCUCCUGCUCCCAUUUUUACAGGUAAAGACUCUUUCCUACGAGCCCUUUGAGCAGAGUGUGGCCAAGUGAGUUGUCUUCUCUGUGGUGGUCUUUCUUAUUCUUCAUAAAAGCUAAAAUGAUGGUAUCUGUGAGUAUGUUUUGCAAAUUCAAGAUAUAGUUUGGUAAUUUUUUUUUCCAGUUGAUUUUUAAAAAGAACUGCUGUACAGAGCUUGUACUUUGUCCAUUUUAUAGAUGGAAACCAUUCUUGAAAUUAACUUAAAUAAAGAGAAGAUCCUUUAUAGAUAACUGCUCUGGUGGCGGCGGCCGUCAUUCCUGGUCUUUAUAGGACAGAUGUGAGUGGUGUGUGAGGCUGUGAUUAUGGUCUGUCUUCUUCGGGGCCCUGCUAAAUUACCAUUUCUUAUCACAUUUUUAAAACACAUUCACCUUUUACUGUUGUCCCUUUCAGUGUUUAGUCUUAUUUGUAAUAAUAAGCGUUAUCAUUGGUGGAGUGUGUAUGAUGUCCCAGGCACCUAGCCAAGCCCUUAAAUACAUUCCCAUUGCCUUCUCGCUGUCUCCUGUGAGAUGGCCUAAGGUGCUGUAUUUACAGUUGGCUGGGGAAGCCGGUGCUUGAAGCCCUUAACCAGCUCAAGGUCAGGGGCUAAUCUGCUCAAGGUCAUGCUGCUCCUACGUCCUCAUCUGGAGUCCACCCUGGGCGCUCAGACCCAGAGCCUGCACUCCAAACCCGGGUGGGGAGAGGGUGGAGGCCAGAUAUUUUCACAGUUUCCAAAGUAUCUAAAAUCAGUAUACUUAUUUACCAGUUAACAAGUUACCAGUUAACUGACUCUCCAGUUCUGAGGCUGACUUCCCCCUCCUCCACCUUUGAACAGCCCCACAGGUGUGUCAAGGAAACACAACAUUGACCAAUUCUUCAUUUAGCAAUUUGGAUUGAGGUUGAGGGGAGGAAAGGCUGGCCCUGGUGAGUUUUUUUUUAAUGUUAUGGAGGCCACAUUUAUGCAUCUUCCUUCCUCAUGAUUUGAGACAACCAAAAAUUUGGCUUUCCUGCCAUUUGAGAAACAAACAAAGCUCUUAAUGUAGUAUUCAUCAGAGCCCUUUAGCAAUCGUUUGCGGUUCCUGCUUUCGCAAUAGGGAAAAGUUUAUUCAAUAAGAAUUUGUCAAGAAACUCUUAUGUUGCCCUGACCGUCCUGAAGACCGAGGAGGAGAGGAAACACAUCAUAUUCCAAGAAAAGAGGAUAGGCAGAGUGCUCUGCAGACCGAGCGAGGCUCAGUGAGACGAGGCCCGUGGCUCGGGGCAAGUGGCGUCCCAAAUGCUCAGGCGGCAGCUUGGGCCCAUUCUGGAGGGAGGGGAGCUAAGGAGCUCUGGGCCAGAGCAGAGAGGAUGCAAUUUGCAAAAUUUUUUAGAAUAAAAUUCUUAACCCAACUCA